UGCAUCACGCUGUUCUUCUCAUUUAACAGCACUGAGUGUGUAUCAGAGUGCCAGAGAAACCAAUGCAGCGGCACGCUCAGCUCAGAGACACACACCGCGAUGCAGUACAGGAUGCAUUGCUGCAGUUGGCCUCCAUUGUUGACGUCAACAGCCUUCAGACGACCAUCAAAGAUGUGCUCAGAGUCGUCCUGCCAGACAUGGAGUGUGUGUUCGUGUACCUGUUGGAGGCGGAGUCUCGGCUGCGAUGUGAGGAUCCGCCCCAUGAGGUGCAGUCAGAGGGCAAGCUCAGAGACGCGGUGAAGCAGCAGAAGAGACUGCAGUGCUCCGGCCUGCCGUCUGCAGAACUCCACCAGAACCAAACCGGCUCGCUGACCGCACCGCUGCCGGCCCACAAACGAGCGCUCAUCAUUCCUCUGGUGGACCGUGAUGAAGGGAAGGUGAUCGCUCUGAUUUUGCUCUGCUGUAAACCACUGACAGAAAAAGAUGAACAAAACCUCAACAUCCUGGAGAAACAUCUCACUGUGGCCUGUAAGCGAGUCAGAGACAUUCAGAGAUGCUCCAAACGGCCACAUGCUCAAUCCCACAAUGCACCAGCAAAGCCCAAACCCCACACAGACUACAGAGAGCUCGACCGCAAGAUCCUACGGCUGUGUGGUGAGCUGUACGAUCUGGACGCCGCCUCCCUGCAGCUGAAAGUCAUCAAUUAUCUGCAGACAGAAACUCAGUCGCAGUGCUGCUGUUUACUGCUGGUGUCUGAAGACAAUCACCAACUCUUCUGUCAGGUUGUCGGAGAUAAAGUUUUGGAAGAGGAAAUCAGUUUUCCACUUAUGUUCGGUCGGUUCGGGCAGGUGGUGGAGACAAAGAAACCCAUUACACUGCAGGACGUCAGCCAGGAAGAACGCGGGUUAUUGAGCAGUUUGUUGGGGUUCGAGCCAAACUCGAUGCUCUGUGUUCCUGUCAUCAGUCAAGCCACUGGACAGGUGGUGGCGCUAGCGUGUACCUUCAACAAACUGAGUGGACAGAGGUACAUGGAGGCGGAUGAGCACGUGAUCCAGCACUGUUUCUGUUACACAUCGACGGUUCUCACCAGCACACUGGCCUUCCAGAAAGAGCAGAAACUCAAGUUUGAGUGUCAGGUGAGAGGAGGAGAAGAGCUCUUUCUGCUUCUUAUAUUGAGACGGAGGCUCCAGAACUGUUACUGCGAUAUUCCUUCAGUAGCAGAUCCAGUGCUCUCUCUCUCCGUCUCUGAGCAGAAGGAGUUUCGUAUCCCGGCGGAUCAGGGCAUCGCUGGUCACGUGGCCACCACUGGGAAAAUCCUCAACAUCAAGGAUGCGUAUUCCCACCCUCUGUUUUACCGCGGUGUGGACGACAGCACGGGCUUCAGGACGAGAAACAUCCUCUGCUUCCCCAUCAAAGAUGAGAACGAAGAGGUGAUCGGUGUGGCAGAACUGGUGAAUAAAACCAACGGGCCGUGGUUCAAUCGUUUCGAUGAGGAUCUGGCAACCGCGUUCUCCAUCUACUGCGGCAUCAGCAUCGCUCAUGUAAGAGUUUCUGCAGCAUCCCUCGAUCACUCAACACAAUAUCACAAUGGAGUCAGACACGUUCAGAGCAUCUGUUCCUGUUGUUGUAGGUUUUGUCUGAUGGUGAAGAAGGGCUACAGAGACCCUCCGUAUCACAACUGGAUGCACGCUUUCUCCGUCUCACACUUCUGCUACCUGCUUUACAAGAACCUACAACUGUCCAACUACCUCGAAGAUAUAGAGAUUCUGGCGCUCUUCGUGUCCUGCAUGUGUCAUGAUCUGGAUCAUCGAGGAACCAACAACUCCUUCCAGGUGGACUCGCAAUCCGUCCUGGCAGCCCUUUACAGUUCAGAGGGAUCUGUGAUGGAGAGACAUCACUUCGCUCAGGCCAUCGCCAUCCUCAACACACACGGCUGCAACAUCUUUGAGAAGUUCUCUAGAAAGGACUAUCAGCGGAUGCUGGAUCUGAUGAGAGACAUCAUCCUGGCCACAGAUCUGGCUCAUCACCUGAGGAUCUUCAGGGACCUGCAGAAGAUGGCUGAUGCUGGUUAUAACCCGAGGAGUCAAGCCCAUCGCAGUCUGCUGCUGUGCCUCCUCAUGACCUCCUGUGACCUCUCAGACCAGACCAAGGGCUGGAAAACCACCAGGAAGAUCGCGGAGCUGAUCUAUAAAGAGUUCUUCUCUCAGGGGGAUCUGGAGAAGGCGAUGGGAAACAGACCCAGUGAGAUGAUGGACCGUGAGAAAGCCUACAUCCCUGAACUCCAGAUCAGCUUCAUGGAGCACAUCGCCAUGCCAAUAUACAAGCUCCUGCAGGAGAUUUUCCCGCGUUCGGCCGAGCUUUACGAGCGCGUGGCCGCCAACCGCGAGCAGUGGGCCAAAGUCUCGCACAAGUUCACCAUCCGCGGACUGCCGAGCAACAACUCGCUGGACUUUCUGGACGAGGAGUUCGAGCUGCUGCAGUCUCAGGGCGCCUUCGGAGACGAUUCGCACCGCAUGAACGGUUGCCUGGACGACGACUGUGACAAACACAACCAAUGACGCCGCUAGGCCAAAGGUCACCGGACGGAAUCCGUCUUGGUAAAAUUCCGUAGUUACCGACGGGGCUUUGAGGAAAGGUUCAUCGUCACCUUUUUGCCGUUGCUAUGGAGACGGGUUUUGCUCAAUGAAGAAUGAUGGAUGGUGUUGCGCGGUCGGCGGAGUGUGUAAUGUUACCCAAACAUUUGGACUGAAAAAAGUUAUUUUCUCAGUGGUUUAGCUAUUACAACGCCCCGUUGUAAUAGCUAAACAUAUUUGAUUUUAAAUGAAACAACUAAUUGUAUGAAACGUAACAAGUCCAGCAGCCCAGUGUUACAUUUUUAAAAGCUGUAGCAAAUACAGGUGUCUAGUGUUACAUGUUUAGAACUUGUAACAAUUCCAGCUGCCUGGUGUUACAGUGUAAACAAUUUUAAACUUGUGGCAAUUCCAGGGUCCUGGUGUUACAUUUUUCCAACUCAUAACAAUUCCAGCUGCAUGGUGUUACAUUUUCACAACUUGUAACAGUGUAACACCUGCUGCUGGAAUUGUUACAUUUUUAACACUUUGUAAACAUUCCAGAAGCCUGGUGUUACACUUUUAGAACUCGUAACAAUCACAGCUGCCUGGUGUUACAGUGUUACAUUUUUGAAACUUGUGACAAUUCCAGCAGCCCGGUAUUACAUUUUUAAAACUCAUAACAAUUCCAGAUACCCAGUGUUACAUUUUUUAAACUUGUAAUAAUUCCAGCUGCCUGGUGUUAUAUUUUUACAACUUUUAACAGUGUAACACCAGCUGCUGAAAUUGUAACGUUUUUAACACUUUGUAGCAAUUCCAGCAGCCUGGUGUUACACUUUUAGAACUUGUAAUAAUUCCAGCUGCCUGGCGUUACAUUUUUAGAAUUGUUUUGAAGUAGUUGUUAUUUUGUGACACAUCCAAGAAGAAGCUCAUUUAAAUACUACAAAGAAAACUAAGCCACUGUUUUCUUUUCUGCGUCCUUAGCCAUUUACAGAAAUUGUCAGACGAAACAGAUCUUUGGAUAAUUAAUCUUUUGCUUUCAACCAAUUUCGCCCCUCAGACAUCAGUUGUCCCUGUUUACACAGAAAAACGCAACGCAACAACAUUUCUCCAUUCCCGAAAUCCCAAAACCCAAAACAAUCAUUGAAAACUUCAGUCAAGCGAGCAGUGGCUGGUGGCCAGAGAGAGAUUAGAGCGCGUGCGUGUGUGACGACAGGCGUGAAAACACACGGCCCCCGGAGACCUUCUGAGACAUCUGCUGGUUUCAGACGUGUCCAUCCGGAACUGAAUCUGUACAUAUAGUUGUGUGUUUUAAAGGGCUACGCGGCCCUCACACUUUUCUUUCUCAGGAUGGCAGAAUGUGUGCGUCAAAUGGAUCUUGCCUUACAAAUGUUUGCGUUGCCUUCCUGAGUGACUUUAAAAAGAGAUCUAUGUUUAAAAACGUUCAGCCUAUCAAUGUACAGCUCUGCAGCUACAUGGAUAUAUAGAGAUGUCUGUUUGCUGUGUGUAAAUGUGUGUUUGCACAGGUGUGACUGUAAGUGCAUUUGCCAAAAUCUGCAAAGGUCAGAAAAAAAGAGUGAUGUCAGUUUGCUUGUACUAGCUUCUCCCACACGGGUCGCUAACAUUAACCUGUCAAUUUCACCAAAACUCAUUCAUAUUUCUCAGCAAAAUCAAAAGAAUUAAAUAAGUUAUAUUAAAUUUUAUGAUUAAAAUUUUUUAAGACCAUUAUCAUUGUAACAUUAAUUAUAUGUCCUUACAUUUUA